AUGGCUAAUUAUUUUGUAUUAGUUAUCAUUUUAGCUUUGAAUUUUUAUAACAUUUCUGGCAAUGUUAAUAUAGCUCUAGGGAGAAUGGUCCGUGAAAGUUCAUACAACGGUCCUUUCAACUCGUUCCUUGUGGUAGAUGGACUUCUCAGCUCGCCUUAUUGUUUCAAAUCACAAACAUCUGGCUACCAGUGGGUCCAAAUUGACCUCAUUUGGUUGUAUCAAGUUGAUUACGUUCGUGUAAUUGGAAAACUUGCAACCAAUCUUUUAAACGUGAAACCAGAAAGCCAAAGCUCGAAUACACUCGCACAAUGCAACUGCCUAACCAAUCAGCUGAACAACGUCAACGCUACAUUUCAGUGUUCGAACGGUGCAGAACAUUCCACCAGGUACAUCACAGUUGACCAGGCUAGCAGCACCCCGGACGUUAUGACCAUUUGCGAGGUGCUUGUUGAAGGAAGGUACAACGAUGCUCUACCAGAACGAGCAAAUCUUCUGCAAAACAAAAAUGCUCUCAUGAAGACAACAUUUUCAAUAGGCACCAGUAGCCUAACAAACCAGUUAAUUUCAAUGGUGGCUGGUCUGGUCGUCGAUGGAAUUCGAGAUCCCACCCUCCUCCACGGACAUUGUGCUCAUUGUUAUGAUAAAGGAUUUGCUCAGAACUGGAUCCAGGUGGAUAUGGCAGCGAACCACCACGUUGAUUACAUUGCUCUCGUCAGUAGAGAUACUAAUGAUCUAUCGGUGUCUCUUCGUCUCUCAAACUUUAUAAUCGGUCUGACGUCUGAUAGAGCUGAUGGCGUCACGCCAGUCAGGGGUCAGUACCCCAUUUGUGCCACGUACCCUGGAGAUGUUCCACCGGCCACUCGAGUCACCCUGUCCUGCAACGCCAACCUGCCAGCCUACCGUUACAUCUUCCUUCAUCAAGCUUAUGGGGCUGGUGAUGGUUUUAUUGCAGCUUGCGAACUGGAGGCCUAUGAGCCAACUGUUCCAUUUCCCGAUAAACGAAUCAAAUGGAAUUCGCUUGAAAACAGCAAGCUAAUGAGUUACACCUUUCUGGAGAUAAAAGCAGUCAAGCCUCUACAUUGCAUCAGACAGUGCAUCAAAUUGGGGGAGUACUCUUGCGAUUCGUUUAAUUUCAACAAGCAACUGAACAUUUGCCAGCUGAACAAACACAGGAAUGGAUUACUGAAUGGAACUUUGACUAUUGGUGAAUUGUGGACUUUUUGGACACCUCGUCAUGAUUUUCUCGGUAACGCAAACAAGGCACGUGCCUUAGGGCCAAAAAACAGACUAUGGCCACAAAAAGUAGACUUAGGGUGGGGCAAAAAAGUAGACUUAGGGUGGGGCAAAAAAGUAGAAGCAUUUUUUCGUCAGAGUCAGAAUGUUUCUCUGUUUACAGUAUCAUUAUUAUUCAUAAUUAGGCAUAUCAACAGCUUGAAAGUAUCUGAGAGGUUUAAAAUUAAAUCUGAUUUAAAAUAUAAAUUUUUUAUUUGA